AUGGGGAAACUGCAGAGUAAAAUCAGCAUCCACACCACCAAAUACAGGGCUGACAGCUCCGUGGGACAGACGGGACCCGCUGGAGCCUCCCAGCAGCACAGCCCCGCUCACACCGACGCUGUCACGUCUGUGGCUGCUCUCAAACCAGACCUGUGUGUGUCAGGAGGAAGGGAUAAGAGUGUGGCUGUGUCCAGCUGGAGAUCUGGGGCUGCCCUGCGCCGCUUCAUUGGCCACGAGCGUGAGGUCACCAAGGUCACCUCAGCCCUUGACUCCAACAGAGUCUUCAGCGCAUCCCGGGACAAGACAGUGAUUAUGUGGGAGCUUCAUGGGACUUCGGGGCCAAGCCAGCAAUUCCCAGGACAUGACCUGGUUGUUACAGGACUGGCUGUGAGCCCAGACGCCUCCCAGCUGUGCACGGGCUCCCGGGACAACACUGUGUGCAAGUGGGACACCGAGACUGGGGAGUGUCUGGGCAGAGCUGCAAUCUCCAGGAAUCUGGUCACACACCUGUGCUGGGUUCCUGGAGAGCCUUAUGUCAUCCAGACCUCAGAGGAUAAAACCACCAGGGUGUGGGACAGCCGGGAGCUGCAGGUGGCACACACAUUCCCAGCCAAGCAGCACAUCCAGACAUGCUGUGACGUGAGCCAGGACGGGCGGUACUGCCUGAGCAGCAGCAGCGGCUCCGCCGGCCACGGCGCCGAGGCCACCCUCUGGGACCUGAGGCAGACCAGGGGCCGAGUGUGUGAGUACAAAGGGCAUUUCCAGACCACCACCUCGUGUGUUUUCCUGCCCCGGGGCCCUGCUCUCGCCCCCAGCAUUGCCACAUCCUCCAGCGACAGCACAGUGAAGGUCUGGGACCAAGACACUGGAGCCUGCCUGGCCACGCUGUGCCUCGAGGGCUCGGGCCCGCUGGCCUCACUGGCCGCCUGCGACAGCUCCACCCUGCUCUGUGCCAGCUCCAACUCCGGCAUCCACGUGCUCCGUGUGAGCGGCAGCACAGAGCUGGCCCUGGAGGAGGUGUCAGCGUUCUGAGCACUGGAACCC